CCCCCCCUCCUCCUCACCCCCUCCGCGCGGUGGCCCGCCAGCGCCAUGGGGCUGCUGGAGCCCGUCGCCGCCUUCUGGCCGGCCGCGGCCUGGCCGGCCACCUUCGCGCUCUGCUCGGGCGGCUUCGGCAACAUCGUCUACGCGUUCGGCUUCGACGCGAUCAUGCCUGGGGUCGUCUCGACUGGCCCUCCUCCGACACAUGACGGCGGCGCUGGCCAAGUACCACCACAAGACGCCCCUAACACCCUUCGGCAUUGCCUGCUGUGGCCUCUACGCCGCGUACGGCGUGAGGCUGUCGACCUACGUGCUUCGGCGUCAGGGCGAGGACAGCUACCUCCCCAAGCUCGAGGCCCUGCAGCUGAAGUCCGACAUGAUGGGCGUGGCGGGCAAAUUCGCCAUCGUUGCUGGGGUGAGCUUCUCGCAGGCGCUCUACGCCCUGCCGCUGACUGUGGCCAUGUCUCCCUCUGCUGCACGGGCACGACCAGCGCUCAGGGCUCUUGGGUGGGCGGGGGUUGGCAUUUCUGCAGUCGGUCUGUUAAUCCGGGAGCAUGUUGCUGAUGAGCAGAAGCUCGCUGGGAAGCGGGAGAAGCCUGGCGCCCCCGUAGUGGACGGUUUGUACAGCUACUGCAGGCAUCCGAAUUAUCGGAACCUCCUGUUCCACUGCGGCAUCUCCUGCAUGGGCGUCAGCGGCACGCCGAUGCAGGUGUUUGCUUGUGUGUUUCCGACGUUCUUCAUGGGCUUCACCCUCCAGAACGCAGCUGUGCGGUCAGACAAAGAGGAGAGCUAUUAUUUUUCCAUUUUGCAUUGCCACGUUGUGCCUGCCUACACAUCCGCUUUGCAAUUGGCGCGCCGCUCUUCCACGCUGAUAACAAGUUUCAUAUUUGCAUCCAGUUUUGAAGGUGAUCCCCUUCCAUGGCACCCGAGCUGCGCGCGCGAGAGCAAAUAGCAUUCUGUAGGCAGACCACAGGUACAAGAACAUUCCAGGAUGUAUUUCUCUCUUAUUUGUCCAUGCUGGGAGCUGCUGCGUGCUCUCAGGUGCUCGGACGUUUUCAAGUAUGCAUGCGAUCUUGGUUUGGAUUAGCCUGUUGUUGAGUACGAGUGUAUUCUUGCGCAGUUUAUUUCCUGGGACGCGGCCGACUCCCGGCAACAUGCGGUACCUCUUGAGCGUUGAAAAGUUCAUCGGCCUGGAAUCUGGAACACUUGCAAGAUCGCGGCCAUGAGUAUUCUCGGGGCUCGCGUCCUCAUCUCCUCGUUGUCGCUCUUGUUGCCUCGUCUCUGGGUCUCGGGUUCUGUCUGGCCACCUGUUCGCCGCUCCCGUGCAUACUUGUUCUUGGUGGCUUCCCGCUGUUCAGCAGCGCGAGUGCAGCUGUGCGCACAGUGCGGGUCCAGAUCGUGGUUCUAACUGUUGUGCGUGGCAGGUGUCGACUGCAGCGCCCGCAGCCGGAGAGUUGCCUUCAAACACCAGCGUUUAAGCAUACGACAAGCAUGUUAAAGGGGGGCCAUUCGUUGCGCGCGUUUGUUUUCCCCCUUCGUGACGGGUGUCCGGCUUGUCUCGCACGUGGGCACACGACGACGUGACGAGGCCUGGUCGUAUUGGUGGGUGGCUGAAAUAACCACGUCCCGCAAUAGAUGCAGCCGGCC